AAUUGUUUUCAUUCAAUUGGACCAUGUAAUUAAGCUAGAUCAGAAACUUGAGUUAAAAAAAAAUGCCACUUGUCUACCUUCUUAUAAUAUAUUUUCAUAUAAAUAAACCUCUUAACGUCCUACUUCUCACCCAUCACACACUCCUCUCAAAACAAAGAAACAAAAGAAAAAGAAACAUCCCAAGAAUAUCUUAGAGAAUCCAAGAAAAAUGGGAUCAACGGCGGAGACACAGAUAACUCCGGUACAAGUCACCGACGACGAAGCCGCUCUCUUUGCCAUGCAGCUAGCCAGCGCCUCCGUUCUUCCCAUGGUUUUAAAGUCCGCCUUAGACCUUGAUCUUCUCGAGAUCAUGGCCAAGAACUCUUCUCCGAUGUCUCCAUCUGAGAUUGCUUCUAAACUUCAGACCAAAAACCCCGAAGCUCCGGUCAUGCUCGACCGAAUCCUCCGUCUUCUCACGUCUUACUCCAUCCUCACCUGCUCCAACCGAACCAUUCCCGGCGGAGACAGCGUCGAGAGGAUUUACGGGCUUGGUCCGGUUUGCAAGUACUUGACCAAGAACGAAGAUGGUGUCUCUAUAGCUGCUCUUUGUCUUAUGAACCAAGACAAGGUUCUCAUGGAAAGCUGGUACCAUUUGAAAGAUGCAAUUCUUGAUGGUGGGAUUCCAUUCAACAAGGCUUAUGGAAUGAGCGCUUUUGAGUACCACGGGAAGGAUCUAAGGUUCAACACGGUAUUCAACAAUGGAAUGUCUAACCAUUCAACCAUCACAAUGAAGAAGAUUCUCGAGACCUAUAAGGGUUUUGAGGGUUUGACUUCUUUGGUUGACGUUGGUGGUGGCAUUGGUGCUACUCUCAAAAUGAUCGUCUCUAAGUACCCUGACCUUAAAGGCAUCAACUUUGAUCUCCCACAUGUCAUUGAAGAAGCUACUUCUCAUCCCGGUAUUGAUCAUGUUGGAGGAGAUAUGUUUGUAAGCGUCCCUAAAGGUGAUGCAAUUUUCAUGAAGUGGAUAUGCCACGACUGGAGCGAUGAACACUGCGUGAAAUUCUUGAAGAACUGCUACGAGGCGCUUCCAGAGGAUGGAAAAGUGAUACUAGCAGAGUGUAUACUUCCAGAGACACCAGACUCAAGCCUCUCGACCAAACAAGUAGUCCAUGUUGAUUGCAUUAUGUUGGCUCAUAACCCUGGAGGCAAAGAACGGACCGAGAAAGAGUUCGAGGCAUUAGCUAAAGGAUCAGGCUUCAAAGGCAUCAAUGUUGCCUGCAAUGCUUUUGGUGUUUACGUUAUUGAGCUGCUCAAAAAGAUGUAAAACACACACACACACAAUCCAUGUAAUAAUGAUAUUAUAUGUAAACAUUGCUUUCAUGUACGUCUACUUCACCGUCUUUGCUUUAAAACUAUGAUGUGUAAUAAUGGUUUAUUAAGAGAAUGAUCAGUGUUCCAAAAAAAAAAAAAAAAAAAAGAGAAUGAUCUAAAGUUUUCACUUA